GAAUAUGGGUCGUCAGAACGAGAUAACAUCGCUGGGCCUUCAAAGAUGUCCAGAAAGGACAAAUACAAGCUGAAAAGAUUACAGAAAAGGGAGAAGAAGCCAAAUUAUAAUGCUCCAGGUAGUCCAUCAAAAAAAAAGCUUGAACUCAAAACUGAUGGAUUUCCAGAACAAUAUAAUAUCGAGCCUCCAAAUAUGUCCAAAAAGGACAAGUACAAGUUGAAAAGAUUACAGAAAAGAGAGAAAAAGAAGUUUUAUUCAAAAGCAAAUGCUAAUGAAGAUAAGGGACAGGAAGGAAAUGUUCCCAAAGCUUCUGCUUCAUCCUCAUCACAAGAAUCCAGUGGAGUCAUUGAGCAGGAUGCUGGUCCACAAGAAGACUUAGAGUUGGCUGAAUCCAAAGUUGAGGCCCCAAUUCCAAACCUUGGGUCUUCAAAAUCAGAGAGUGUUACCACUAAUGAACUUAACGGCUCAAGCUCUAUGAAGAAAAAAAAGAAGAGAUCAAAAAACAAAAGCGGUCCCUCUGCUGAAAUGCCAGUUGCAGCCGAUGAAGAGACUCAUUCUGUUACUAAGAUUGAAAAGUCAUCUGUUAGUUUUGAAAAACGCAAAGAGAAUGAGUUAGAAGAUCAAGUUAACGGAACACCAGAAUUAUUUGACUAUGGACUAGAGGCUCAAAGCAAUGAUAUAGGGCUAGAGAUAUUUAGUAGGGGUGGCCAAAGCUGUUAUUCCUGGCUAGAAAUACUGAAUUUAGGUCGCCAUCCAAUUGUUGAUAAUCAACCGGUCAGCUCUACGAUAGUUCAAAAUCAAAGAAGUACUAGUAUUCAAGCAUAUAAUUCAGAUAUCAACGACACUCGUACUGAUGGUAUAUUUUACAAGUCAAUCAGUGCUAGGGAGGCCUCAAAAGCUAUUGCUGAUAUGUUAAGCCUCAACCCCAUUAAAGCUUAUGACAGGAACAUGAUCAUUAUUGACGGCCUGAAUGUUGAUGAGAUAAAAACAUACCCGGGCUGCCACCUAUGCAAGAGAGGUUUGGUCACAAUUCGGAAUUCAGGUCAUACAAUGAGUUGUUCCUAUAAUGGAACAGAUGAACACCCCAUAAAACGCUUCUACACACUCAAAUUAACAGCCAAACUAACUACUCCUAGUUCAAGAAAGUUCAAGUUUGAUCUUGUGGGCUUUGAAGAAAUAGGAGAAUUACUUUGCAAGGUUUCAGCUGACGAAUUUGAACGAAACUCAUUAUUUAUUCCAAGAUACAUCAUGCGUCUUAAAAGAGAUUUGAAAGAUCAAUUUGGCAAUCAGGGGCUUAAUAUUAUAUUUCUUUUUAGGCCUAGUGGGUUACAGAAGAGUCAAAUGGAAUGCGUCCUUACUGGCUUCACUAAAAGGGUACGGUGAUCUAGCUUAGUUUGAGCUUGGUUUUCUGACUUGACGCUUUUUAAAGAAAAGUAAUUGUCGGACCAUCUUAGAGACAUUGAGUCUGUUUGUAUUUCAAAUCAUUAAAUUAUAGCUUUGGUUGAAUAAGCAUUCAAUCGAACACAUCAUAUCACCAUGUACACAACUGUAAGAAUAUGAGCCACCGUGAUGGCAGAACCAAUUGAGCUAUUAAGAGCUUUUUAUUUGUAGAACUUGAUUUGAUUU